ACUCUGCCUCCACCCUCCUCAUCCUCCCUCAGAUACACCACAGCACGGAGAGGAAGAAAAAAAAAUCUUAUCAAUCUUUUCCGGUCUACUAGCCUUAAUUUCCUCUCAAGACUUCUGGCGUUGGAGUAGGGGGGGGGCGCACAGGCACAGAGUGAAAGAGAGAGAGGGAGGGAGAGAGAGAGGGAGGGAGAGAGAGAGGGAGCGGAGAAACUGGGGCAGUCUCCACCACAACCCCGCACGCCUCUGUACGAUAAUAAUGCAUCCUGUCGGCGGUGUAAUGUGCUCGGGUAGGAGGAGGAGGAGGAGGAGGAGGAGUGUGUGACCGGAGAGCAGAAUGUUUCGGCGGAUGGGAGCGCACACGGUUCUCGCCGCUGCAGCUCCGCGCUCCACAGUCCGCGCGUCUCUCGGUUUCCGUGAAUCCGCCACAGAACGUCCGCCGGUGCAAGUCCCCCUCUCCGCCGCCGUGAAGCGCCCACCUCGGGAUACUAUUUGUCCUUGUCGGUAUUACAUAACCCGGCGUAUCUAGCCCCUUUCAAUCACUUAAUUUCUCUGAACUUGGAGGAGCAGCAGCAGGAGACGACUCGGCGACUGUCCAAGCCGGAUUUAAAGCCGGACUGUGCUGCCUUUUGCUGUCGUGGACUAGCAGGAGGGUGGAAACCUGAGUCCAGCGGUGAUGAGAGCUCACUCCGGGUGGAUUUUGCUGGUGAGCUGCCAGAAGCAUCUGGAAAGGAUAACACAGGGAUCUACUCCCCCUCCAGAGGACCAGAGGAUAAUUCACAUCUCAGACUUUUCUGUAACUCUGCUAAGAGUGUUGUCUUCUAGUGUGUGUUUAAUAUGAAAUUGGUUUGAUAAGAGUGGCACUUAAACCCUGAGUGGCACAGUUUGACAUUUCCUCAGCUGUGAGCAUGUUGGAUAACUGGUGCGUUCAGUGAGUACAGAGACCCAGAAACCAGGACAGAUUUCUGCACAGUCUCCUUUCAGCUAUGCAGUGAGGAUGUGUGCAGCCAGGUUCAGUGGCUGCAUCAAUGGCUGUGCAGAGGAGGCCACUGCCGCUGGUGCAGCAGGGUCUGCUGGUCCUGUCACAGCCUCCAGGAUGCUGGACUGGACAGAGGCCGGUCCUCGCAUCCUCCACAGCCUGGAGAUGGGAACCGUGAUGACCGUCUUCUACCAGAAGAAGUCCCAGCGACCUGAGAGGAGAACCUUCCAGAUCAGGCAGGACAUGAGGCAGAUAGUGUGGAGCCGAAACCCGGACAAGUUAGAAGGAGAGGUUGACAUACGGGAGAUCCGGGAGCUGCGGUUGGGGAAAGGCUCCCGUGAUUUUGAGCGCUACCCGGAGGAGGCCCGUAAACUGGACUCCGCCCACUGCUUCAUUGUGCUUUAUGGCCUGGAGUUUCGCCUCAGGACACUCAGUGUGGCUGCUUUCAGUGAAGAGGAGGUUAACAUGUGGACCAGUGGUCUCAACUGGCUCAUGAUGGACACUCAGAGAGCACCCGCACCGCAACAGACAGACAGGUGGCUGAGGAAACUGUUUGAAGUCAUGGACAGGAGCCAUGAGGGCAGCAUCACGGUGAAGGAUGUGAAAUCUCUGCUGCCUCAGAUCAACUACAGAGUCCCCAACAUGCGCUUUCUCAAAGACAAGCUGCAGGAGGUGGAGGCCAGGAGUGAUCUGUCGUACCCUAACUUUGCACAACUCUACAGAACUCUGAUGUUUGACGCACAGAAGAGUAUCAUUGAGCAGCUGGAGCUCUCCUUCCCUCUCCGGAACGUUGACAGACCAGAGCUUUGUCAGAUCUCCCUCUAUGACUUCCAGAAGUUUCUACAGAUGGACCAGAAGGAGUCCUGGGCGUCUGAUCUGGGCCGUGUAAGAGAGUUUCUGAUGUCUUACAUGCGGGGCGGCCCUCAGCCUGAGCCGAUGCUGCAGCUCGAUGAGUUCCUGACGUUCCUGUUCUCCAAAGAGAACUCAGUAUGUGACCCUCGACCCUCUCCUGUUGUUGCUGAUGACAUGAAAAGGCCGCUGUCUCAGUACUGGAUCUCCUCCUCACACAACACCUACCUGACAGGUGACCAGUUUUCCAGUGAAUCCUCUCUAGAAGCAUAUGCCCGCUGUUUGAGAAUGGGCUGCCGCUGCAUUGAGCUGGACUGCUGGGACGGACCUGACGACCUGCCAAUCAUCUACCAUGGCCACACGUUAACCUCCAAGAUCAAAUUCCUGGAUGUGCUGCACACCAUUAAAGAACAUGCCUUCGUCACAUCUGAGUACCCUGUGAUAUUGUCCAUCGAGGACCACUGCAGCGUGGUGCAACAGAGGAACAUGGCCACGCACUUUAAGAAGGUGUUUGGAGAUCUGCUGCUCACAAAGCCGGUCGAUAACAACGCUGAGGAGCUUCCGUCACCCUAUCAGCUCCGCAGGAAGAUCCUCAUCAAGCACAAGAAGCUGGUAGAAGGCACGCUGUAUGAAGAAGUCUCAUCAGCCAGCUACUCUGAAAAUGACAUCAGCAACUCUCUAAAGAAUGGCAUCCUCUACCUGGAGGACCCCAUCGACCACACAUGGACGCCGCAUUAUUUUGUCCUGACGAGUAAUAAGAUUUACUACUCAGAGGAGACAUCGCACUACCAGACUGCUGAUGAAGAGGAGGAGGAUGAUGAAGGGAAAGAGGAGUGCAACAACAACGAGCAGCACUGUGCGGAGCGCUGGUUUCACGGGAAGCUGGGUGGAGGUCGCGAUGGCCGGCAGGUGGCUGAGAAGCUCCUGCAGGAGUACUGCGAGGGCGGAGCUAAAGAUGGCACCUUCCUGGUUCGAGAGAGUGAGACGUUUGUGGGAGACUACACCCUCUCCUUCUGGCGCUCUGGUCGAGUCCAGCACUGCAGGAUCCACUCCCGUCAGGAGUCUGGCUCCACCCGCUUCUACCUGACUGACAACCUAGUGUUCGACAGCCUCUACCGCCUCAUCUGCCACUACAGAGACACUCCUCUCCGCUGCAACGAGUUUGAGAUGAGGCUGGGAAACCCCGUGCCUCAACCCAACGCACACGAGAGCAGAGAGUGGUUUCACUCCAGUCUGUCCCGCGUUCAGGCCGAGCACAUGCUGAUGCGUGUUCCCAGAGACGGAGCUUUCCUGGUGCGAAAACGCAGCGAAAACAACUCUUUCGCUAUCUCCUUCAGGGCGGAGGGCAAGAUCAAACACUGUCGGAUCCAGCAGGAAGGCCGCCUCUUUAUGCUGGGGAGUUCAGCAGAGUUUGAGAGUCUGGUUGAUCUGGUGAGCUACUACGAGAAACAUCCUCUGUACCGCAAGAUGAGGCUCCGCUACCCCAUCAACGAGGACACGCUGGACCGGAUGGGAACCACGGAGCUUGAUUACGGAGCGCUGUAUGAAGUCCGCACUCCUCAUUUCUAUGUGGAGGCCAAUAAGAUGCCAUCAGCACGGUGUACGGUCAAAGCUCUGUAUGACUAUCGAGCUCAGAGGGAAGACGAGCUCUGUUUCCCCAAACAGGCACUCAUCCUCAACGUGGACAAACAGGAGGGCGGCUGGUGGAGAGGUGACUAUGGGGGAAAGAAACAGCUCUGGUUUCCUGCAAACUAUGUGGAGGAGGUUCCCAGCUCUCCAACCAGAGAGCUGGACGAAGCAUCCACAGAGAACAGUCCUCUUGGAACAUUCCUCAAAGGUUUCAUCGAUGUGCCCACCUGUCACGUAGUGGUGCAUAAAGAUGGAAAGAAUUCACGGCCAUACGUGUUCACCAUCCACUCCCAGCACAUGUCGUCUCAACCGGUUCAGACGCUCGAUGUAGCAGCAGACAGUAUGGAGGAUCUGACCACGUGGGUCGGCAAGAUCCGAGAGGCCACGCAGAACGCUGAUGCUCGAAUGCAGGAGGAGAAGCAGAUGGAGAGGAGGAAGAAGAUCGCAGUGGAGCUGUCUGAGCUGGUGGUCUACUGUCGACCUGUCCCCUUCAACGAGGACAAGAUUGGCACAGAGAGGGCGUGUUACCGGGACAUGUCUUCCUUCCCUGAGACUAAAGCAGAGAAGUUUGCAACACGCAGCAAAGGUAAACGCUUCCUGCAGUACAACCGCCGGCAGCUCUCCAGAGUUUACCCCCGAGGACAGAGGCUGGACUCGUCCAACUACGACCCCCUGCCCAUGUGGCUGUGCGGCUCCCAGCUAGUCGCUCUCAACUUCCAGACUCCCGAUAAGCCCAUGCAGCUGAACCAGGCCUUGUUCACGCUCGGCGGUGGCAGUGGCUACGUUCCCCAGCCCGACAUCAUGAGGGACGACUCCUUCGACCCUUUCAACAAGGACACCUUACACGUUGAGCCAAUCACCGUCCAGUUACAGGUUCUUGGAGCCCGACAUCUGCCUAAAAACGGCCGCAGCAUCGUCUGCCCCUUUGUGGAGGUGGAGAUCUGUGGAGCUGACUACGACAGCUGCAGGUGUAAGACAGAUGUUGUAGCUGAUAACGGUCUGAAUCCUGUUUGGGUGCAGAGGCAGUUUGUGUUCGACAUCCACAACCCCACUUUCUCCUUCCUGCGUUUCAUUGUGUAUGAGGAGGACAUGUUCAGUGAUCCCAACUUUUUAGCACAGGCCACCUACCCCGUCCGUCUGCUGCGAACAGGGUAUCGGAGCAUCCCUCUAAAGAACAGCUACAGUGAAGAGCUGGAGUUGGCAUCACUCCUGGUUCAUAUAGAGAUCGUGAAUGCAAAGGAGGAGGACGAUGAGAACCUGUACAUGUCCAUCCAGCGGCUGCGGGAUCGAACCAGUGAGCUUUCGAACCAGGUGUCCCUCCUUGAGAGGUCGGGCUCAGGAGAUCUGGGCUACCAGCAGAGUCUGGAGGAGCUAAGAGCGGCUCAGGACCAGCUGGGCGAGCUGGUGGAGGCUCGAAAUCGAAGACUGAUGGAGAAGAAGAGGAGGGAGAAGCUGAGGCAACAGGCGGCAGCAAAGCGCAGCUAAUCCUCCCGUCCACCAGAAGGCGCUAAACUGCUAAACAAAAACGGUGCCUGACACUCGAGCUGUGCUGUGACAGCCUGACCCUGUACACAUCAGGCUCUCUACAGCCGCGAGGUGCGCUCCAUUUCUAACUGGAAACAGAGACAGUAAGAUGUGAGACGUGACAGCACCGUGUUUGCAGAACAGAAGAAAAACUAACAAACAGAAACAUCUCAUGGACUAAAAGAUAAAACCUCAAAAAAAUUAAGCUAUAAAACAAUCAUGAACUGAAGGCUGAAGCACAGUGAGAGUUGACUAAGGAUGAGCUCCAAUGAAACAACUCAAUAAAGGAGAGGUGAAAGGUUGUACACUU